GCAAUGGUGGCAACAUAUAUAGCCAUCACUAAUAAUUAAUUUUGCGAAAAAUUAAAAAUUGGCAAAAAGGGGUUCAUUGCACAUCCUUUUUGCUUUCUGGGUUGAAAGAAUUUUCGAGAAAAGAUUGAUUCACAGGAAAGAUGGUGUUGGAUCCAAGGCUGGUGCUGUUAGUGUUCAUCAGCACCUGCAUUUUGGCCAUUGAUGGUGACACAGAUUCAAAUGACGCUGGUGCUCUGAGGGCUAUGUUUCAAAGUAUGAACUCACCAUCUCAGCUAAAUUGGAAUGGGGCAGAUCCUUGUGGACAGUCUUGGCAAGGCAUCACUUGCUCUGGCAAUCGAGUCACAGAGAUUAAGUUACCUGGUCGUUCACUUUCUGGAUCUUUGGGUUACCAGCUAGAAUCCUUGUCAUCGGUUACAAACCUAGACAUGAGUAAUAAUAAUCUUGGUGGCUCCAUACCGUACCAACUUCCUCCUAGUCUGCAGUACUUAAAUCUUGCCAAUAAUAAUUUCAAUGGGCAGAUCCCUUAUUCUCUUUCUCAAAAGGCUUCGCUUAUUGUCCUGAAUCUCGGUCACAAUCAGCUCCAGCAAGCACUUAAUGUUGAUUUCCAAAAGCUUUCUUCCCUCUCUACAUUGGAUCUCUCAUUCAAUUCUUUUACAGGUGACCUGCCUCAGACUUUGAGCUCACUUUCUAGCAUAAGCACCAUGUAUCUGCAAAACAACCAGUUUACAGGCACCAUUAAUGUCCUUGCUAAUCUGCCUCUGGAAACUCUGAAUGUGGGAAAUAAUCAUUUUACAGGCUGGAUACCACAACAAUUGAAUAACAUAAACCUGCAAAAGGAUGGUAAUGAUUGGAGCUCAGGACCUGCACCCCCACCUCCUCCUGGGACACCUCCAGUAGUACCAAGAAAUCGAAAUCACAAAUCUGGGGGACAUACCCCAUCAGAUGCUGGCUCAAGUGACGAUGGAGGCAAAAAAUCUGGUAUUGGAGGUGGUGGCAUUGCUGGAAUAGUAAUCUCCAUCCUGGUUGUUGCGGCAGUAGUGGCAUUCUUUCUGGUGAAGAAAAGAUCUAAAAAGUCGUCUGGUGAUAUUGAAAAGCUUGACAAUCAACCCUUGGCUCCUCAUACUUCACAUCAUCAUGAAAUGAAUGCCCUGCAAACUUCAUCUGUAACUGACUUGAAUACAUUUGAUACACCUACGGCCCCGAUAAGUCUUAAACCUCCACCUUUUGAUCGCCAUAAAUCAUUUGACGAGGAUGAGUUUUCAGUGAAGCCCGCCACUGUCAUUAAGCCCACUACAGUGAAGAAGAACGUCACAGCUCCUACAAAUGUAAAAUCUUAUUCUGUAGCUGACCUGCAGAUUGCUACUGGAAGCUUCAGUGUGGAUCAACUUAUUGGUGAGGGGUCUUUUGGACGUGUAUAUCGAGCUCAAUUUGAUGAUGGAAAGGUUCUUGCUGUUAAGAAGAUAGAUUCCUCUGUCCUUCCUAAUGAUUUGUCUGAUGAUUUUGUGGAACUGGUUUCAAGCAUAUCCCAUUUGCACCAUCCCAAUGUGACAGAGCUUGUAGGUUAUUGUUCAGAGCAUGGACAGCACUUACUAGUCUACGAGUUUCAUAAAAACGGAUCACUGCAUGACUUCCUCCACCUACCUGACGACUAUAGUAAACCAUUGAUAUGGAAUUCACGCGUGAAGAUUGCCUUGGGGAUUGCACGUGCUUUAGAGUAUCUUCAUGAAGUUUGUUCACCAUCUGUUGUUCAUAAGAAUAUAAAGUCAGCCAACAUAUUGCUUGAUACAGAUCUCAAUCCUCAUCUUUCUGACAGUGGAUUGGCAAGCUAUAUUCCAAAUGCAAAUCAGGUAUUGAACAAUAAUUCUGGAUCUGGGUAUGAAGCUCCCGAAGUUGUCAUGUCUGGCCAAUACACUCUUAAGAGUGAUGUCUUUAGUUUUGGGGUUAUCAUGUUGGAACUUCUUAGUGGACGGAAACCAUUUGAUAGCUCAAGGCCAAGGUCUGAGCAGGGUUUGGUUCGAUGGGCAACACCUCAACUCCAUGAUAUCGAUGCUCUGGCUAAAAUGGUUGAUCCUGCAUUAGAAGGACUAUACCCUGUGAAGUCUCUUUCUCGAUUUGCAGAUGUUAUUGCUCUUUGUGUUCAGCCGGAGCCGGAAUUCCGACCACCUAUGUCAGAAGUGGUUCAAGCGCUGGUUCGAUUAGUGCAGCGAACUAACAUGAGUAAGAGGACGACGUUUGUAACUGAUCAAGGAGUAUCCAACCGAGGGGGAGAUAACCAAGAAUCACAAGACAUGUAAAUGGGAAAAAAGCCUUGUGUUGAUAGAAUGGCAGAAAAGAAAAAUAAUAUUCUUCAGAUUUUUAUCAUUUCUUUUUUUAACCCCUCGUUCAGCCAGUUUUCCUUAUAAGUUAGAUGAUUGUACCUGUGAUUUUUGAAUGUAGACACCUGUUGGUGUUUGUUUCUGAGCUA